AUGUUCAACAUAUUCAGGAUCAGCGCAGAUCUGGCUCACCUUGCCAGUAUCUUGAUUCUCGUGCACAACAUCAGAAAGACCCGUCAAAUUGACGGUAUUUCUUUGAAGACGCAAGUCCUCUAUGUGCUGGUGUUCUGCACAAGAUACUUGGACCUGCUGACCUUUAGAUGGCGUUCUGUGUACAACACGCUAAUGAAGUUCGUGUUCAUCGGUUCCUCGGUCUACGUGGUCAGUCUAAUUCAAAAAUGCAGGGUCACAAACCCAGUCGCCUACAGAGACAUGCUAGUCCGCGACACAUUCCACAUCAAGUACCUGCUGGCCGGCUCCGCAGUUCUGGCUCUAAUCUUCAACUACAAGUUCACUUUUCUUGAGAUUUUCUGGAGCUUUUCCGUCUGGUUGGAGAGCUUUGCCAUCAUGCCUCAGCUAUUCAUGAUUUCUCGUUCGGGCAAAGCCAGCACAAUCACGAGCCACUACAUUUUUGCCAUGGGGUUGUACCGGGCCCUGUACAUUCCCAAUUGGAUUUGGAGAUACUCCAUCGACGGCCGUCCCCUGGACAAACUGUCAUUUUGCACUGGCCUCAUUCAAACCGCAUUGUACUCUGACUUCUUUUACGUCUACUAUAAAAAAGUGGUCAAAGGCUCAGGCUUUCAGCUGCCGCACUAA